GAUGCUCCACGUGAAGACUGAGUGCCUGGACAGCUCGACAGCGCCCUCGUUGCAGUACGAUCCCGACUGCCUGAUGAUUGAGGGGGACGCUCUUGCGACGCCCGCUGGCCUUGUCAAGGCUGAGUAUGCAGAAGAUCUUCCCUCGGUAAGUGUAGCUGGCAGCACGGCAGCAGCAGGCGACGACAAUGUGCAGCUCGAGUCGGCUCCGCCUGCGCGGGCCACGGACGAUGCUGCCGAGGUCGACGUCAAGACUGACGAGAGGAAGGAGCAGGCACGCAACCAGUGCACGCGCAUGAUUGACAUGUUGGCCUUCGCAGGAGUGGCUGCCCCGAAGAUGACUGACAUGGCAACGCCAGUCGAUCGCGACCAGACGGGCGAGGGCGAUGUCGCUACCGAGGCUGGGGCAGAGGCUCAGGCCCAUGAUUCCAAGGUUAUCGAUGCUGUGGGCGCCCCUAUCAGCGAUUUGUCUCUCCUGGCGGCCUUGCCGUCGGGCCCAACGAUGGUCGCCGUCAGGCGCAUUCGUAAGACGAUUAACAACUACGUGGAGGACAUGCGGAGAGAUUCUUGGUUCAAUGAUUUCAAGCUUGGGGCUGUUUCUAGUGUCGGUAAGCGCCUCGACGCGCAUGCAGACAAGAUAUUGGGUAAGGCCACGUACGAAGUACAACUUGCAUACCUGCAGCUCCAGAUCAGGAUCAGAGCAGUUGUUUCCCUCUGGAAGGCGAUCAAGACGUGGCUGGAGUCGCAGAAUGAGACCUUAGUGAUCGAUACGCUUCCACACUUCUCCACGGUCCUUGGCUAUUUGGCGACGGUCGAGGUCCCUAUGUCUCAGACCCUCACGGCGGUGUUUCAAUAUGCUGUUUUCCAUGCGGAUUUCAAGAAAUGUGGCGUGGUAUCAGCUCCUAUCAAGCGUCUUGACACCGAACUCUUCGACAUUGCGCGCGCCAACACCAAUGACGAGGUUGGCGGUGCUGUUGACGAGGUUCAUGUUGCAUCGGAUGGCGAGGGGAAGCGGGAGGUCGCUGACGGCGAGCCCGCAGAGAAGGAUCGGGGGAGCAAGCCCAAGCAGUCGAAGAAGGCCAAGAAGGAUAACCCCGACAUCCACGCAGCGGUGCUCAUCGGUGCUAGCGCCGUCGACCACAUGGAGCACAUGAUCGUGGAAGCGAUGAAGGGGUUCAUGUACAAGCUGCCAAAGGACACGCUGACGGUGCCAGAGAAACGCUCGAGCUUCGUGACUGAGAUCCUCGACACAGUCCAGGCGUGGACCAACAUGAGCAUGCAGUUCGAGAACAUCGGCGACGCCCAGUCCGACUUUACGAAGGUGCUGACGGCCACCGGUGUCAUCGCGCAGUGCGUCAUCUCGGUGGACCAGUGCCGUCCGCCCUCGUCCGAAGUUCGAGCAGCGAGGAAGGUUGUGUUGGAUCACGUCAAGGGGGUUGUCAAUCCAACUACAGAGCAGGCGAGGAUCCUGAAGUCCUACACGGAUACCUUGGAGAGCGCGUUCGAUGACAUCGAGGUGUGGAGGGACACCAUGGCCAAGCUGAUCAACGACACGUCUGACUUCGCCCCCUUGGAGGACGUUUACACAGCCAUCGAUAAGCUCAUUGGCAGCGUGGUGCAUUGCCUCGGGAAAUGGUCAACGGCUGCGCUGCAUCAGAACUGCCUCACCGUUUGCUCUGAGAUGAAGAACUGCAAGAUCAUCAUCGACGUGGCGUUGUACAUGCAUCUGCAUUGCUUCUACGAUGGCAUCGCCAUUCACUUCGGCGAGUUGAACAACUACCUCGCCACCUUGAUCAAAGCUGGUGGCUUGGAUGGCCCCGUCGAGAGCUUCGAUGAGAAGAGUGCCAUCGAGAGCAAGGUUAAGCUUCAGAAGUUCAUGGGUGCAAUGAAAGUAUCAGCCGACAGAGUUUUAGAAGUCAACACUCACUGGGCACAGUGUCUUCGGAUGAUCGUGACGCGUGCAGGGCAGUUCGCCAUGAACCAGUUCGAUGAGGAUGAGAUGACCACCCUGAAGUUCGAUAUAUGUCACACGGCAACCACGUCGAGCAUCAAUGACAUGAUCAAGUACGCCGUCUACUGCAUCGACGUUGCCGUGAACGCCUUCGCGAAAGUGCAGCUUGCUCCGUCUUCCGAAGCGUUCAUCGAGUUCACGAGGCUGUCGACGCACCUGUCGGACAUCGAGAAGCUGAGCUGGGAGUGCAAGAGCUUCUGCUCCAUCGACGAGUUGCCCGCCAGCACCGUCAGGGCCUUCAUGCUGCUGAGGGAUGGGGCACACGUUCUCGAGACGUGCAAGCAGUCGUUCUUCACCCAGAAGCUCAAGGCCGCUGGGACCACGUUGCCGUUCUCCGUGGGCGACGUCCACGAGGCUGCGGUCCUCGCAGCACAGGACUACUCGACAGUUGUGCUCCUGACGCGUGGCCUUGAUGAUGUUGCUGUUUGUAUUCCAGACUGUUUGAAAGGUGAGCUGCCAGGCACGCUGGGGCUGGAUGUCUUCGCUACCGCUGGCCACAACGUUGCAUAUGAGGAUCUUCGGAAGUUCGUGGAGGCCAGCGGCGCGACGCACGUGAAAGUUGACGGCAUGACAAACGCAUCGACACCAGACGACGACAACGUUCCUGUGCACCACGCCCUUGCAUAUAUCUCAAUCGUGAACGCCAUGAAGGAUAUGGUCGGAUGCAUCGUCAAGGUGAAUGGCAUGUUGUCCAAGGCCAGCGGCUACAAUGAUGACAUUUCAGAGGGCGUGGUGGUCGGUCCGCUCGUGCAGCUGCUGAAGCUUGUCUCCGCUUGCCUCGUGCGGCUCGACUGCCAGCUGCACUCCAAGCCUGCUCUGGAGCUCGAGAAGGCUGGCUGGGUCACGCCCGUGGGGCUCAGCGGGGCCAAGCAGUGGGCUCUCUCGGUGGGCCACUUCAGCUUGAAGUGCCAGAAGCGGUUUCUCCAGAUCGUGGACAGUGGCAUCCUGAAGUACACCGACGCUUGCAGCAAGGAGUGUUUGGACUGGAAAGCGGCGUUCGACACCACUGGCAAGUUGAACUUGCCCCUGGCGACGAAGUUGUUCUACAACAAGCAGGGGAGGGUGGCUGCCUCCCACAACGCCCUGCACCAGAAGCUCGCCACCGUCAACGUCGCCGUCGCCGACGUGGGCAUCACGCCCAGCAUCCAGGAGCAUGACAUCACGUCUUCAUCGGUGGCGCUGGCUCUGGCUUGCUUGGUCACUCGGG